AUCCGCGGUCCUAGCUGUGGCUGUCAAACAGACGACAAACUCCAGAUGCCCUCACGCCCCGCAUCCCUCUCACUCCUGCGCAUUCCGUCACUCGAACACAAAUCCGGAGCAUGGCCUUCAGGAAGGCCCUCAGGCGCACGGCCCUGGUUGGAGGUGGGACAGUGGUUACAGCUUUCGGCCUCUCUCAGUUAUUCGAGUACAGGAAGAAACAGGCGCGGCUCGCUCACGUAACUGCAGAGGCAGAUCUGAAGGUUCCUUUCCCCACUGAGUUGCCCUCUCGCCAGGCACAGCUGUCGGCCCUGAGGAGCACGGAGGAGUUCGAUGUGUUGAUUGUUGGGGGAGGAGCCACAGGAACCGGAUGUGCCUUAGACGCCGUCACACGCAACCUGAAGACUGCUCUGGUGGAGAGGAGUGACUUCUCCUCAGGCACCAGCAGCCGCAGCACCAAGCUGAUCCACGGGGGAGUGCGCUACCUGCAGAAGGCCAUCAUGAAGCUGGACUAUGAGCAGUACAUGAUGGUGAAAGAGGCUCUUCAUGAACGAGCUAACCUGCUGGAGAUCGCACCGCACCUGUCUGCCCCCCUGCCCAUCAUGCUGCCUGUGUACAAAUGGUGGCAGCUGCCUUACUAUUGGGCUGGCAUAAAGAUGUACGACCUGGUGGCAGGGAUACAGUGCCUGAAGAGCAGCUAUGUGCUGAGCAAGUCCAAGGCCCUGGAGCUCUUCCCCAUGCUCAAGAAAGACAAGCUGGUGGGGGCCAUCGUCUACUAUGAUGGACAACACAACGAUGCCCGGAUGAACCUGGCCAUCGCACUGACGGCAGCACGUCACGGAGCCGCCAUUGCCAACUACACAGAGGUGUUGUCCCUGCUAAAGCGCACUGACCCGGGGACAGGAGAGGAGAAGGUGUGUGGGGCGCGCUGCAGGGACGUGCUCACGGGAGACGAGUUUGACGUGAGGGCCAAGUGUGUGAUCAACGCCACAGGGCCCUUUACAGACUCUCUGAGGAAGAUGGACAACCAGGACACCCCCAACAUCUGCCAGCCCAGCGCAGGAGUGCACAUCGUCAUCCCAGGUUACUACAGUCCAGACAACAUGGGCCUGCUAGAUCCAGCCACUAGUGAUGGGCGUGUGAUCUUCUUCUUACCCUGGGAGAAGGUGACCAUCGCAGGGACCACAGACACCCCCACCAAUGUGACAGCCCACCCCAUCCCCGGAGAGGAGGACAUCAACUUUAUCCUGACAGAGAUACGCAAUUACCUGAGCCCCGAUGUCGAAGUGCGCAGAGGAGACGUGCUGGCAGCCUGGAGCGGCAUCCGGCCCCUAGUCACUGACCCCAAUUCCAAAGACACCCAGUCCAUCUGCCGCAACCAUGUGGUCAGUGUGAGCAACAGCGGGCUGGUCACCAUCGCAGGAGGUAAGUGGACCACGUACCGGUCCAUGGCGGAGGAGACCCUGGACGCGGCAGUGGAGGUGCACCAGCUCAAGGCCGAGCCCUGCAGGACUGUGGGACUGAUGCUGGAGGGGGGCAAAGGCUGGACUCCCACACUCUACAUCAGACUGGUGCAGGACUACGGACUGGAAGUGGAGGUGGCGCAGCACCUGGCCUCCACAUAUGGGUCCCGGGCAUUUGAUGUGGCUAAAAUGGCACAUGUGACGGGGCAGAGGUGGCCCAUUGUGGGCAAACGCCUGGUAUCUGAGUUCCCCUACAUCGAGAGUGAGGUGUCGUAUGCCAUCAAAGAGUACGCGUGCACUGUGAUUGAUGUGAUCGCUUGCCGCACUCGCCUGGGCUUCCUGAAUGUGCAGGCAGCGGACGAGGCUCUACCACGCAUCGCUCAGAUCAUGGCCAAAGAGCUCAGCUGGAGCGAGGAGAGGACCAAGGCAGAGCUGGAGGCUGCUCAGAAGUUCCUGUAUCAUGAGAUGGGCUACAGAGCUCGUGACGAACAGCUGUCCAAGACGUCAGAGAUCAACCUUGACUACCAGGAAGUCAUCAGGUACAAAAAGCGCUUCCACAAGUUUGACAAGGAGUGCAAAGGCUUCAUUACCACUGUGGACGUGCAGCGCGUGCUACAGAGCAUAAACGUCCACAUCGAUGAAAACGCCCUCCACGAGAUCCUCAACGAGGUCGACCUGAACAAGAACGGCCAGGUGGAGUUUGAUGAGUUCCUGCAGCUCAUGAGCGCGGUGAAGAAGGGCCAUGUGUCUGACAGUCGCCUUGCCAUCCUGCUCAAGUCAGCGGAGGAGACGCUGGACCAGAGAGGGCCUGUGACGGUGGACCGCAGCGGGGGAGGCGUCUGACCAACACAACCAUAUACAAUGAACCACUUUAAAGAGGGGGUACUAUGCAAAACCUAUUUUUGGAAGUUUCUACCGUUUAUGCAUGUUUGACUGAUCUAGGGAUCUCUCCGAGUACUAUUCAAACCCUCCUAACAGUUAGCAGUACGGUCCUGUACAAGGCCCCGCCCACAAACCUACGUCACCCAUAUCUCGGCAUACUCACUCCAGAAAUAUAGAAACGCAUGAUAUAAAACUGUACACAACAACUUCACAAAUCUGAUGUGCAGUAGUUUCACUAGUGGAGUGCACAUAUUGUGAUAGCACUCUGAAGGGGGAGUGACUUAACGCGGGGAGCAAGGGGAGGGGGGACUCGGAGCUCAAAAACAAAACUGAAACUAAUUAGACCUGUCAUUACGUUGUUUUUACAGAAUAGAGCAUUUUCAAAACAAUAAAAGGUAAUCUAAAUAUGGUCUAAAUAUGUUCUGUGUAGUACCCCUCUUUAAACACUGGACAGGGGCUUAUGGUUCCUCAAGUGAAAUUCACAGUAAUUUUUUUUUCAUAUUAACUUUUAUAUAGAAAACAAUAUAUGGAGGCUGAUCACCUUUGGAGGUAACUAAGGGUUCUGUUAAGUAAUAUAUUAAUAAGUGUCAUUUGUCAAGUUUCUGACUUAGGAUUUUAACACAUUUUACUGAAUAUGUUUGAGUUUGAGUAUCUAACUCUAAUUUUACUUAAAUAACCAGACGUGUCUGUCCAUUUUGAAGCUGUUUAGUUUGAUUCAAAUGCGAUGAUUUGAAAACAAUGGCGUAAUCAAGAACAGUGCUUAUGGCCAAAUCAGACCUGGAGAUGUCUGCCUCCUGCGCCGCUCCAAUAUCACUUUUAUACCGUCUUUUUACAUAUUUUUGUACUCAUACAUGUUAACACGCUUAUUUUUACUCAUAAAUACUUGUUUUUAAGGCAACUAAACUUUAAUUUGGUUUCUUUUUUAAAUGCAUUUUUCUGUUCAAACUAAUAUUCUGUGUUCUGUGUUACUUAAUGACACUGUUGGCCUUCAUACAUAAAGUCUGUAAGAUAAGGUUGGGGUUAGGUUUACGAAACUGUUUAUUUUAUUACAAUAGACAGAGAUAGAGCACAAUGUAAUUAUUUUUAAACAUACAAAUAUAUUUUUACAGUGUUUUGUAAAACCACUACAUGCACAGUGUAUUUUUAAAGGUGCAUCAUGUAACCUUUCUGGUGGGUUUUCAUUUUAGUACUUUACUUGGAACGUUUCACAGUAUGGCAUUAAGCUUGUCUAUCCCCCAGCCAAGAUACAGGUCAGAUCUGUGCAGAGGUGAGAUGUAAGAAGUCAUAUGUUUAAAUGCAAGAUGAACUGCGGUUUAAUGCCAUACUGUAGAACAUUAGCAAUGCAGUAAAAUCUCUGGAGACAAGGAGAUUGUGAAAAACCAGGCUCACACCAGAUUGAUUUGUGUGUCACUCUAAAUUUAGUUGUACGUAUUUAUCGGUCUGAAACUUACAUCAAGUUGAGAUUAAAGCACAGACAUCUUCCCUGUCCACCAAUGCACAAAACAAUUCCCUUUGCACAAUUUUCACAAGCAAAAUAGUCUGUAUUGAUGCUAAAAUAGGCUGAAGCAUGUCUGUUAAAAUGGGCUGAAGUACGUCUGUUAAAUGUCUGUUGAUGUUGCCAUAUUUGUUUUGUUUCUCUUGAGCGUUUCGUCUUUGGUUUUCCCACAAACCUCAAUGCUGCCAAGAUGGAUUCUUGUGCGGUGCAAAGUGUGCAAACAGAACCCCACACCAGAAAAGUUACAUACUGCACCUUUAAACUGUUUUCCUUUCUUCAAAUUAAACAUAAGAGUUGCCCAAUUCAGUUACAAAAUCUACAAAUCCAAUCAAAAGUCCAGCUGUUUGGAAUGAGCUUCCUUUUGUUACUCUUGCACUGCUCCUUGUUUUUACUUCACUGUGCGUUUGUUGUUGUUCUUGCUAUUUAUAAGAAAUAGUUUGAGAUUUGAUAGAAAAGAUGUGAGGGGAACAGGAGGGAUUCCACUGUGCUCACUCCUCUUUAUAAAGAUUGUCUCUGAGAUGCAGACGACACUUUCUCGCUCUAGACGCACACUGUUGGUCCAGUAUAAGAGGACACAUUUCUACUGAGUUUUAGGUUACUGCUGCUGCUCGUGUGCUACUGUUAUGAUCUGAGAUUUGUACUUUUUAAAUGUAGAGUUCUCUUUUAUUUUGACUUGAUGUAUACAUGUCUAUAUUGUGUUCUUCUUUCUUGGUGUGUUUGGGAUCGAAUGCAGCUUAUUACAAGAUUUUAUAUAUAUAAUUAUAAUAAUAUAAGAACCUGUUUAUUGUUUACUGUUUAUUUACCGUUUACUUGUCAAUAAACAAAACUAUUUCUAUGGAAUUUCUAAUCUUGCCAGAACAGUGUCGACACUGUUCUCUUUACAUCGACUCAAUUACCUCAAUAUUUUUUAGAUUCAGAGCCAAGAUACUUCCUCCCAAAAAAGGUUUACAUCUUGAUACAAACUGCUCUUCUUUCCUGGUUUGUUUGGCCCUACUAGUGAUGCAGCUUUUUCACUUCUGAUACUAAUUCCGAUACUAGUAUUUAUUAUACAGUGCACCUUUAAUGGACUUAUACAUUGUUUAACUUUUCUUAUGAAGGAUGCAACAUCUGCUUGUCUCUAUGGAGAUGUUAUUGCUUUGUCUGGAAUUGUCCACAGUAUGGCAUUAAACUUAUCUAUUUCUGGGCAUUAAAACACCUGUAGUUGAAUAAAUGCAAAAUAAAGUGUAAUGCUAUACUGCGGAACAUUUCAGGCAAAGCAAUAUGAUUUCCAUGGACACCAGCAGGAGGCGAACUCCACUCCAGAAAAGUUACAUAGUGUACCUAUAAGUGUAGCUACAUUUGACUGCUCAAAGUAAGAUUUUAAUUCAAGUCAUUUAGCCGGAGAUUACUGUUUUGCAGUGUACUAGAAAUACCAUGGUUAAUCAAUCUCCCUUUAUCUGGCUCUGAGGGGGGCAAUAUAAGCAUUUUGAGCAAUAAAAUACAAUAAUAACAGAAUAGCUCAAACAAAAGUCUCAGAGCAGCUAAACAAGUUGCAUAAUCAGACCCAGUGUCAGGGCAGUGAGAGGGGAGUAAAAGCUGUCAGGACAAAAGUGUCCCUGUGUUCUUUGUGUCCUGUGCUUUGUUUUUUUGGUCCAAGUGUUUCCUCUGCAACAUAUUCUGCCAUAUUUCAUGUUACAUUGUUGUAAAGAGUCUGUAGCAUACCUAGCUCCAUGCAGCUGAAAUCACACAUACUCCAAUAGUCCUUAAGUCCUCCUUUGAGCUGUGCAUGCUGCACUUCUUAGUUGGCCAAAAUGUUAAGCUAAAAGUUUAAAAUCAAAGUAUUUUAAAACCCUAAAUGAUGCAUCAUAUAGGACCUUUAAUCUGAUCUUGUUGCCUGCACAAUGCUAUUGUUGCUGUGUAAAUGUGUGUAUGUGUGUGUGUCGUAUAUGUUUUCAUGUUAUGGGAUGGAGAGGUUUAGCCCAGGGGAAAACACUGUCAUGGUCUUUGUGCAUGCGGCGUGUAAACCUAACCCAUGUUUUUGCAUUGGAACUGUCUCUGAGGAAAUGUAUAUGUGCCUCUUUAAACUGCAAAAAAACCUUCAGAAUAUCGAGACACUGUGGAUUCUAAUCCUGCCAAUGUAGAUGGAUGGAGGCUAUUUACUGCUUUUGGAUGAAAUUUCAUCUUUAUCUGGGAUUUAACAGGAUUGUCUUUCUCUUGUCUUUUUGCAUCCGAACUGUAAAAAACAGAAUAAACAAUGCAGAAAUGAAAA